CCUUCUCGUUCUCCAACCUAUGGUGAAAUUCCCCAAAUUUAGCCCUUCAUUUUAGGUAUAGGGAAUGAAAUAGUGAUUGGAAUGGGAAGUUAUUACCUUGAUUCACAACGAAAAUUGAAGCUUGGGAAAGAGACUGUAGGGAAGUUAUUACUUUUGAAAUGGUUAGGUUAAGUCAAGUCAUGGAAAAUCUCCAAAUUCAAUAAUUUAACACCGAAUUCAACAAAAUUUCACUACCAAAUUCAAUAAUUUAACAUAAAUUGAAUACAUAUUGAACCAAAUUCUAAAAAAAUUCAACAACAAAUUCAAUAAUUCAACACCAAAUUCAUCAACAAAUCAACCAAAUUCAAUAAUUCAACCCCAAAUUUCAAACCAUGAACCCUAAAUCUAUACCCAACUAACAUAUACCAAUAAUAAUCGAAAUUAAUGAUAAAAAAUUACAUAACACCACUUAAAAUAGGAAUGAGAGCAGCAAAAUGUUGGAUUCACUUCGAUUUUCGCCGGCCGGAGACGUUGGGAGCAAGGUCUCGCGCUGAGUGUGAGUUGUGGUCGCUGUGUGAAUGAAGGCCGAAGCAUUAGCGCGAUGCGUGUAUAAGGCAGACACGCAUGAGCGCGACGCGUGUUUUAAGAAAACACGCGAAUUGCUCUCGCGUCUUUCCCCUCCCUGGGAUGGAUUUUUUUUUCCUGCGUACAAACGGCGGAUACAAGCUCCCAGGAGGUAGUUUUGUGGAAAAAAGCCGUGGAAGUGGAUGUGGAAUCCAUUCUGGGCAUUAGACUGGUGCCCUGGAGUCGAUCGAAAUCCUGAGAAUUGCAUUAAGUCUGAGUUUAUCGCUGUUGCUGCACAUCCUCCUGAUUCCUCAUAUCGUAAGAUUGGUGCUUCUCUAACUGGAAGAGGAGUCAUCCAGAUUUGGUGUUUCUUGACUAUCUAUGGGAAGGAUGUACCUUCUCAAGUGAAGAAAAAACCAAGAUCAGUUUUCAAGAAAAAAGAACCAGGCAAACCGAAUGACCUAACUCUGGUUCAAAGGCCAAGAGGAAGACCAAGAAAGAAGCCUCUUGGUGACACUGUGGAGAAGAUAGAUUCUGAUAACCAGCAUGUUCAACCUCUUGCCAUUGAAUACCCAAUGGGCUCAUUUGGAAUAAACUCUUCUGGAAAUACCAGUAAACCUGAAGACUGUGAAGGACAUCUUUUGUUAACUGGUCCUAAAGGCAGAGGAAAUAAACGGAAGGCAGUACAAGGAAACAAGAUUGACAGUAACAGCUUGCACAUUAUCAGGCAUUGUCAGCAAGGAGAACCACCGCUUGUGGAUCCACUAACAUUAGAAAGUUUCAGUUUAGAUUCUACGAGACCAGAUAACAAUAUAACUUCGAUUAGUUCUUCUGUGGAUUCCAUUCCAGUUUAUGUUGCAUUGCCUAGAAUGGUCAUGUGUUUAGCUCACAAUGGAAAGGUUGUAUGGGAUGUAAAGUGGCGGCCAGCCAGUGCUUGUUUCUCUGAAUCCAGAAAUAUAAUGGGUUAUCUUGCUGUAUUACUUGGAAGUGGUGUUCUGGAAGUGUGGGAGGUCCCUUUGCCUCAUGCUGUGAAACAUGUGUAUCCUACUUCCCAGAAGCAUAUUGAUCCUCGCUUCAUCAAAUUGCAGCCAGUUUUUAGAUCUUCGGUGUUGAAGUGUGGUGAUAGGCAAAGCAUUCCUCUAACGAUCGAGUGGUCUGUGUCAUCUCCCCACGAUAUGAUUUCAGCAGGGUGUCAUGAAGGAAUGGUCGCAAUAUGGAAGUUAUCUGUCCGUGAUUCAUUAACAGAGUGCAGACCUUUGGUUUACAUCAAUGCAGACACAGGUCCUAUUAGAGCACUGGCUUGGGCACCAAUCCAAAGUAAUCACGAGGGUGCAAAUAUAAUUAUCACUGCGGGAAGUAAAGGCUUUAAGUUUUGGGACAUACGUGAUCCCUUUUGUCCGUUGUGGGUUAAUCCUUUUUCUGGGCACACUUAUGGUUUGGACUGGCUUCCAGAUCCAAGAUGUGUUUAUGGAGCCAUGGAGGAUGGGACAAUGUGGUUACUCAGUUUAGAGAGGGCAGCACAUGAUAUCCCACUUACAGGAAACUAUCACAAUGUGGCAUUGAAGCAUGGGUACCACAGUUUUCACUGUUCCGCGUAUGCAAUAUGGAGUUUGCAAGCUUCAAGGCUCACAGGUAUGGUUGCAUAUUGUGGCGAGGAAGGAUCAACUAUCUGCUUCCAGGAUCCUUCGCGAAACCGUGUACCCCACUAUCUGUGUGGCUCAAUUUUGGAAGAUGGGUCCGCCAUUGUGGUAGCCACCCCACUGUCCGACAGUUCGUUCCAGAUAAAAAAUCCGGACAUGAAACGUACGCAGCUGAAACAACAUGAGAGAAGAUACAAGGAGCAGAGCAUUUUCCAGCCGACUGGUGGCCAAGAAAGUGAGAGAUUGCAGGGAGGUGAGGAAAGGGAAGUUGUUCCUCCGCAGAUUGUGGCAAUGCACAGAGUGAGAUGGAAUAUCAACAAAGGUGGGGAGAAGUGGCUCUGUUCUGGAGGAGCUGCUGGUUUAGUACGCUGUCACCACAUUCACUCUUUUGUUUUCUACUAAUUUCUACUCUCUACCUUGAUUAUUAGUAAUUUAUAGCAAUAAAAUAAUACAUGUGAUUCGUUAA